GCAGUUUAACGGGUUCUCCUCUUCCCCCAGCGUUUGUAGCUUCCAUAUCAGCGCCGUCGCUCGGGGGCUCCGCUGUUUUUACUCGUAACAAUGGUGAGGGUCAGUGUUUUGAAUGAUGCUCUCAAGAGCAUGUACAAUGCUGAGAAAAGGGGGAAGCGUCAGGUCAUGAUUAGGCCAUCCUCAAAAGUCAUUAUUAAGUUCCUUUUGGUCAUGCAGAAGCAUGGAUACAUUGGGGAGUUUGAAUAUGUGGAUGACCACAGGGCUGGCAAAAUUGUGGUUGAGCUGAAUGGGAGAUUGAACAAAUGUGGGGUUAUUAGUCCCCGUUUUGAUGUGGGUGUCAAGGAGAUAGAACCAUGGACUGCAAGGCUACUUCCUUCAAGACAGUUUGGCUACAUUGUCUUGACAACCUCAGCUGGUAUUAUGGAUCAUGAAGAGGCUAGGAGAAAGAAUGUUGGUGGGAAAGUGUUGGGUUUCUUUUACUAGAAAGUUUUGCCCGAUGAUUGCUGAAUUUUGUUUGAUCAGUUGUAACGGAUGAUGUUCUAGUAAUAUUAUUAAGUAUAGCUGGGUUUGUUAUUUUAUGAUUCUACUUUUGCUUGUGAAACCAAUCUGGAUAUUAUAAUUAAUCUGAUUUCUCUAUCAUUA